AUAAAGUUUUUUUAACUCCAUUCUCUUUUGACAUCUGCAAUAAAAACUUCACCUCUUUUGAUGUGUAAGUGUAUCCCUCUCCACUAGUUCAACUUCCUGCGGAUCUAUAAAAAUCCAUGGUAGAAGACGCCAGGGUGAUUUUAUUCUUGCCAACCAUUGUUUUAUGGUCAAAUUCUAUCUUAAUUUUCGGGAGGGAUCGAAGGGUAUCUACCUAGAGAAAAGAAAAAAAGACAACUAUACCAUAAGAAGAAGACAGCGAUGUCAAGAGAAACAAGGUUAGACACUCUUCCACUCUUGUCAGAGGCUAGCCAUGGAGAAGAAGAAAUUAAUGAAGGAAGUUGUUGGAGAAAAGCUUUGGACCUUGAAGAAGCCAAGAAUCAAAUUUACUUUUCGCUUCCUAUGAUCAUAACUAGUGUUUUUUAUUACUCCAUCACUUUGGUAUCUGUCAUGUUUGCUGGUCACCUUGGAGACCUCGAGCUCGCCGGCGCCACCCUUGCAAAUUCGUGGGCUACCGUCACCGGCUUCGCUCUCAUGACAGGACUAAGUGGAGCACUAGAGACCCUUUGUGGUCAAGGAUUUGGUGCAAAAAUGUACAGAAUGUUGGGGAUUUAUCUCCAAGCAUCCUGCAUCAUUUCUUUCCUUUUCUCUGUUAUCAUAUCAAUCUUAUGGUUCUACACCGAACCGAUACUUGUCUUGCUUCAUCAAGAUCCUGAAAUUUCCAGAACUGCUGCCCUUUACAUGAAGUAUCUCAUUCCAGGUUUAUUUGCUUAUGGCUUUGUACAAAACAUUUUGAGGUUUCUUCAGACACAAAGCAUUGUUAUACCCCUGGUCUUGUUCUCUUUCAUUCCAUUGGGCAUUCAUUUUGGGAUUGUGUACUCCUUGGUAAAUCGGACAAGCCUUGGUUUCAAAGGAGCUCCCUUGGCAGCUUCAAUUUCAAUAUGGAUAUCUUUUCUUUUGCUAGCAAUGUAUGUCGUUUUCGCCAAGAAAUUUGAAAACACAUGGAAAGGAUUGUCUUCUGAAUCAUUUCACUACAUCCUCAGAAACUUGAAAUUAGCCCUUCCUUCUGCAGCAAUGGUUUGCUUGGAGUUCUGGGCUUUUGAGAUUCUUGUGUUCUUAGCUGGAUUGAUGCCAAAUUCAGAAAUAACUACUUCACUGAUUGCAAUAUGCGUGAAUACAGAGAACAUUGCCUACAUGAUCACAUAUGGCCUUAGUGCUGCAGCGAGCACAAGAGUAUCAAAUGAAUUGGGAGCCGGCAAUCCAAACAGGGCUAAGCAUGCCAUGGAGGUGACUCUCAAGCUCUCUGUCCUUCUUGCUCUUGCAGUUGUCUUGACUUUAGCCUUUGGUCAUGAUGUUUGGGCUGGUUUCUUCAGUGAUAGCCGUUCCAUAAUCAAGAAAUUUGCAGAAAUGACACCCCUGCUUGCAGUCUCAAUAGCAAUUGAUGCGAUACAAGGCAUCUUGUCAGGGGUUGCCAGAGGAUGUGGUUGGCAACAUUUGGCUGUCUGGGCUAACUUGGGGACUUUCUACCUCAUUGGAAUGCCAAUUGCAGGUGUUCUUGGUUUUAAGUUUAAGCUAUAUGUUAAGGGAUUAUGGAUAGGUUUAAUAUGUGGUCUAUCCUGUCAAGCAGGCACCCUUACGUUGAUUACAUUGCACAGAAAAUGGACUAAGAUUGAUCUUCCAGCAGACAGGAAUAAGGAAAUCCCAAUUUCGGCUUAACUUAUGUUUUUUAAGCAGAGGAAAAAUAAAACAAGCAGCAAUCCUUUUACUUUCUUCUCCCAAAUCUUCCUUGAUACAAAAUAAGUAGAUUAUAUUCUAAAUUAUUA